AUGGCAAUGGUAAAUGUGUCAUCAUGUCCAAGCCCCCAAAUGUUACUACAUCGCACUCAUAUCCAUCCUCUUUAUGAGGUACCUAUUGACGUUGAUUACACUUGCGAUGGUUGUCAAACCUUUGGUUGUGAGAAAAGCUACGGCUGCAAUGCUUGUAAUUUUGAUCUUCAUCCAUACUGUGCUACAUGCCCCUCAGAGCUCGAGUCCCGCAUGCACAAGCACCACCAGUUAACCCUUAUCUACCCAUCAGGCAACGACUACGUCUGUGACCUAUGUGACGAGGAUGUGGAAGGGUUCUUCUACAGAUGUAGCUUCUGUUACUUCAACAUACAUCCACUUUGCACCCAAAUUCCGCAGAAGGUGCAGCACUGA